GGAAAGUGAGAAAUCUGUGUCCAAAAAUGCCAAAUCCACAAUGAAAUGACCAAAUGUGUCAUUUUUCCCCCAGGAGGAACAAGAGGCAGCUAGACGCCGUCAGCAGAGAGAAAACAAGAGCAACACCACGACCCCAACCAAGGUCCAAGAAAACAAGGAUUCUGGUGCUGAAGAAGAAAAAGCUGCAGCAAAUUCUGUUAAAAAGCCAUCUCCCUCCAAGAGGCCAAAUGAAAAGCAAGAGAGAAAAAAGCRAGGAGAGGUGUCUGGGGAUCAACCAGGGCUGAACAGGGGUGAAUUUGCUCUCUGUAAAAUUCACWUUUUGAUUGAUUUUGCAGACUCAUUUAAGAUCCAGUACAUGCAGUUCAUGGCCUACAUGAAAACUCCUCAGUACAAAGCAAACCUGCAACAGCUGCUGGAGCAGGAGAAGGAGAAGAAUGCUCAGCUCCUGGGGACRGCUCAGCAGUUAUUCACCCACUGCCAGGCCCAGAAAGAGGAAAUCAAGAGGCUCUUCCAGCAGAAGCUCGAUGAGUUGGGAGUUAAAGCUCUGACCUACAACGACCUGAUCCAGGCCCAGAAGGAAAUCUCUGCUCACAACCAGCAGCUGAAAGAACAGACAAAACAGCUGGAGAAGGACAACAGUGAACUCAGGAACCAGAGCUUGCAGCUGCUCAAGGCUCGCUGUGAAGAGUUGAAGCUGGAUUGGUCGACGCUGUCACUGGAGAACUUGCUGAAAGAGAAGCAGGCCUUGAAGAAUCAGAUUUCUGAGAAGCAAAAGCACUGUUUGGAAUUGCAGAUCAGCAUCGUGGAGCUGGAGAAGAGCCAGCGGCAGCAGGAGCUGCUGCAGCUCAAAUCCUACACACCUUCGGAGGAGCCGCUGCCGGUGCAGCUGCACAGCAAAUCCCACCUGAGCCGGGAGGCUGAGCCCGAGCAGGGCAGGUUCCAGCUGGAGCUSGAGUGCUCCAAAUUCCCCCUGGGCCACGUGAACGGCAUGAGCCCCGAGCUGUCCAUGAACGGCCACGCCACCCCCUACGAGCUGCAGCACGCCUUCGGCCGGCCCUCGUCCAAGCAGAACACCCCGCAGUACCCCAGCUCGCAGCUGGAGCACGACAUCGUGCCCUGCACCCCCAGCCACAGGGCCAGCAGGCAGGACAAGGCCACCAGCCUGGCCCUCCCCGACUACACCAGGUUCUCCCCUGCUAAAAUCGCCCUGCGCAGACACUUGAACCAGGACCACGGGCUCAAYGGGAAAGCCACGGCGAGUGAAAUACAGAGAGCUGAGCAUGUCAAAGAGAAUGGCCUUACCUAUCCCAGCCCCGGAAUUGCAAAUGGCAUCAAGCUGAGUCCUCAGGAAACUCGGCCCUCAUCCCCUGCAGCCUUACCCAGUGCAGGAGAGAAGGUUUUGAGAGAGAGAACCUCUGUGAGUAAUGGAGAAACCAUCACCAGCCUUCCUAUCAGUAUUCCUCUGAGCACAGUGCAGCCCAAUAAGCUCCCUGUUAGUAUCCCUCUGGCCAGCGUAGUCCUACCUAGCCGUGUUGAGAAGGUGAGAAGCACACCCAGCCCAGUUCACCAGAGCAGAGACUCAGCGACACUUGAAAAGCAGAUUGGUGCUAGUUCUCAUAAUGGCAUGAGCAAUGCUGCUGGAAACAAGCCUCUGGCUUUGGCUACCUCAGGUUUUUCUUACUCUUCUGGCUCCGUGGCAGUCAAUGGAAAUCUUACAAACAGCCCAGCCCAUCUUAACCAUAGUGUUGAUCAGGCAGCUCUGGACGACUGCGGGAGUCUCUUUAACUCUGUAGGGUCWCGGAGUUCCACUCCACAGCAUCCUUUGCUAAUGAUGAGGAACUCUGGGCAGAACUCCCCUGCUCAGCAGCACUCCAGCCCCCGCUUAAGUGGCCCGGCCCCGAGCCUGGCAGGGGGAYUGCAGGGUGCAGAGGCUCAGAAGAUCUUUGCCGAAGGAACAAAGGGGGACCCGCARGCUGACGCGGCGUUUUCGGACCCCGAGAGCGAGGCCAAGAGGAGAAUCAUCUUUACAAUCUCUCCUAAUACAGGCCAUGUAAAACAAUCCCCUUGCAGCAAGCACAGCCCYGCGGGCGGCCAGCCCCACGGCCAGGACGGCAAGAAGCGCGGCCGGCGGAAGCGAUCGUCGGCGGGCACUGCCAGCGGGAAYGCCGCCGUCUCCCCGAAACGCAAACCCCUGCCCUCCGUGGCCGGGCUCUUCACGCAGCCCUCGGGGUCACCUCUCAAUAUCAACUCCAUGGUCAAUAACAUUAACCAGCCCUUAGAAAUAACAGCCAUUUCCUCUCCUGAAAACUCCCUGAAGAACUCUCCUGUUCCUUACCAGGACAAUGACCAGCCWCCCGUGCUGAAAAAGGAGAAGCCCCUCGUUCAGAGCAACGGUGUCCAUUACUCCCCCCUGACAUCGGAUGACGAGCAGGGCUCUGAGGAUGAGCACAAUAGCAGCAGUUUGAAGCUUUGUUUAAAAUCCUUCAAUUUCUACCCCAAACUAUUGAUGACUUCCCCUGGAAAUGGGUUCCUUGCCAUCCUUUGCCUGCCUCUGUUUGCUGAUAUUUAUAAACCUCCCCCCAACCCAGGUGGCAGCUUACCGGGGAGGAAACAAGCACAAAGCAACGACAGCAUCAACAGCAGCAAAUGGAAAUCGACUUUUUCACCRAUAUCCGACAUCAACCUGACCAAAACCACCGACAGCCCCUUGCAGGCCGCGUCRGCUCUGAGCCAGAACUCGCUGUUCUCCUUCAGGCCUGCCCCCGAGGACGGGCUGCCCGCCGACACCAAGGUCCCUGGACACGGCAGGAAGGGUCUGGCCGUGCCCUCGGAUGGGAUGAGCCCCGGCACAAACCCCCCAAAUGGCUUCACCUACAACGGGGGCCUGUCCUCCGAGCUGGGCCUGCACGGCUUCAUGGACGGCGCCGCUCUCCCUCACAAAGCCACGGAUUCCACAGCUCCCAACUGCUCCCUGGGCUUCCCCCCGCAGCGAGCCAAGGAGCUGGGCGUCUCGGACACCAACCUGUUCCUGAACAAGAGGCAGCUGGAAGGUCUGGGCGCCAAGGGAGAGGAGCUGAGCCGGCCGGGGGGGAAAGGCAAAGAGCUGGGCGAGCUGAGCGCCCGAGCAGGGGGAGCCGCGGAGAAAAACUCGCUGCAGCACAACGGGAAGGCCGGCAAGGCGAGGGACCGGGACGUGGAGUUUAAAAACGGCCACAACCUUUUCAUUUCUGCUGCUGUUUCGUCUGGUGGCCUUCUGAACGGUAAAAGCCUUUCUCCUGCUGUUUCCUCAGCAGGGACCCCCGCUCCGUCUGUCCCGACGCACCACCCUUUCCUCAACACUCUGACCACUGGAUCGCAGUUCCCCCUCGGCCCCAUGGCCUUGCAAGCAAACCUCAACUCGGUGACAAAUUCCUCAGUAUUGCAGUCCUUAUUUAACUCAAUGCCAGCUGCUGCCAGUCUGGUCCACGUGUCAUCAGCUGCAACCAGACUGACUAAUUCUCACACUAUGGGGAACUUCUCUCCUGGGGUUACAGGUGGAACAGUUGGAGGUAUUUUUAACCACGCGGUGCCUUCUGCCUCCUCUCCUCAUCAAUUCGGAGCCAGUUUCAGCAGCAGUGCUGUCUCUAGCAGCACCGUGCUAAGCUUAAACCCUCUGCAGGCUGUUGCCAGCACCUCAUCCUCAUCCUUCCCACCCUCUUCCUCUAAUUUAGUAACUUCUAGUGAGACUAGACCUGCUCAGCACCUCAACAGAGCACCAGUGCAAUCUGUCUUCCACCCCCCUCCGCCCCCUCCCAACGUGUCCUUGCCUCCCCCUCCUCCUUUACUCGCUUCUAACUCCGAGCCUGCUCUCCUGCAGAACCUGCCCUCCAUCCCUCCCGGCGAGACGUUCCUGCCCUCCUCCUCCUCCUCUUCCUCCUCAUCCUCCUCCUCCUCUGCUCCUGUCCAGUCUAACUCUGCUUUGUCUAUUAAACUGGCUUCUCUGCAGCAGCACAAACCCUCCCGCCCCUCCUUCACCGUCCACCACCCGCCCCUGCCCCGCGUGCUCCCGCAGCCCAACGCCGCUGGCACGGCCGCUAUGUGGGUGACCCUUGGCAUGCAGCCUCCUUAUGCUUCGCACCUUUCGGGGGUUAAGCCACGAUAAAGAGCUUGCUUAGCUAACGGGUCUUGUUUUGUAAGGUAAGGCCGGACACUAAAGCGGAGGAGUUUGCGUGCGAGAUGCUCACUGACGCUUCUUCCUUUGCAGAGAGAGGUCGGGGCCGGGCUCUGCCAAACGGAAACUGCUGAAAUGGGGAGAGAAAUCUCUGAAAUGGGCAGAGAAAUCUCUGAAAUGGGGAGAGGGACCUCUGAAAUAGGCAGAGAAAUCUCUGAAAUGGGGAGAGAAAUCUCUGAAAUGGGCAGAGAAAUCUCUGAAAUGGAGAGAGAAAUCUCUAAAAUGGAGAGAGAAAUCUCAAAAGGGCAGAAAGAAAUGGGCAGAGAGAAUUCUCUGAAAUGGGCAGAGAGACCUCUGAAAUGGAGAGAGAAAUCUCUGAAAUGGACAGAGAAAUCUCUGAAAUGGGGAGAAAAUCUCUAAAACGGGCAGAGAAACCUCUGAAAUGGGGAGAGAAAUCUCUGAAAUGACGAGAGGGACCUCUGAAAUGGGCAGAGAGAAAUCUCUAAAAUGGGCAGAGAGAAAUGGAGAGAGAAAUCUCUAAAAUGUACAGAGAGACCUCUGAAAUGGGGAGAGAAAUCUCUGAAAUGGGGGGAGAAAUCUCUAAAAUGGGCAGAGAGAAAUGGAGAAAGAAAUCUCUGAAAUGGGCAGUGACCUCUGAAAUUGGCAGAGCAAUCUCUAAAAUGGGGAGAGAAAUCUCAGAAACGGAGAGAGAAAUCUCAGAAACGGAGAGAGAAAUCUCUGAAACGGAGAGAGAAAUCUCUGAAAUGGAGAGAGAAAUCUCUGAAAUGGAGAGAGAAAUCUCUGAAAUGGGGAGAGAAAUCCCUGAAAAGGGGAGAGAAAUCUCUAAAAUGGGGAGAGAGAACUCUGAAAUGGGCAAAGACCUCUAAAAUGGAGAGAAAAACCUCUAAAAUUGAGAGAGAAACCUCUAAAAUGGUGAGAGAAGCCUCUAAAAUGGAGAGAGACCUCUGAAAUGUGGGGAAUGAACUCUCAAAUGUGGGAAACAAAAGGCGGUGGCAAAGGGUGGAGGAUGUUGAUGCUCUCUGCUCUGGGAGUCAGGAUUUCUCGACAAGGAGCACUCCCAGGGGUGACUCUGCYGUGCCUCAGGGUUGGUUCAGAUUGAGAUCUCUGGAGGAAGAGCGAGUGUUCUGUCUGGAGGUGGUGACAGGAGGAAAUGUCCGUUUGUCCUAUGGUUUUUUUAGCGUUGUUGGAAGUGGGUGUUGCCUUUUGGAUCCCCCUGCCCUCCUGCUCUGCCCCUUAAUCCCAAACCAACCCUUGCUGGGUGCCCAAAGGUGACUCUGUGUGACAACGUGRUGGCCUUGAUUUUACUGCCAGUCAACAGCAGCUGCUCUAAGCAGGCACUAAGUUAAAAAUCUCCAGGUUCUGACUUUUGCUUGGAGAGCAAAUUCCCCGCUCCUGCAGUGCAUAGGGCAGCACGGGGAGGUGACAGGGCAGUGCCAGCCCUUCUGUGCUACCUGUGGUUGUGUUUUCAGUGAUGCAGGGCUGGCAGCAGGCUCAGCAGGUGUUUUAUUUGUGCUCCUGAGCUCUGGGAGUGCAGGGACAGCGGGCUCUGCAGGCYCUGGGUGUGUUCAUCCCGAGCAGGAAUUGAUGGAACUGUCUCUAGAGCGACUCCAGAAUAAACUGUACCACCCCAGAGCUGGGUACUGUGCUUCCUGCAAACCCCCUGGGGCAAAUCCUGCUCCGUGCUUUCCUCCUGGGUUCUUGAUGUUGUGCUGUGCACCGGUACUAAAGCCACAAACGUGGCUGAACUCGCUUUGCUGCUCAUAAAACUUGAUUGCAACAGCCCUGAGAGAGCCUCUGUGCGUUGUGUGUAGCAUGUUCAUCACCCAGUUCCUCCUCAGACACCCCAAAACCUUCGUCAGGACACCCCAAAGCCCUCCUUUGGGGGAGGAACGUGAGUAUGGCCAGGAUUCCCCACUGCAGGAAAGGGCUUGGAGAACCCUGAGCAGAGAGCGGCUGGGGAAGGAAGAGGAGGAUGGGGAUGGUGAGGAGGCUCAAUUUGGGGUCUGGGCAGUGAGAGCAGUGUGAGAACCUCUGCUGGAGUUCCCUGGACCUGAGGUGGAGGAUCAAUCAGGUGUGACAGUCCCUGUCACUGGGAAAUUCUCUGCCAAGGCACAAAGGUGACGUGAGGAGGAGAGCAGCUGGGUGACAGAGCUGGGAGCACAGAGACAGAAUGGAYUGAGGUGGUUGUGAUCCCAAAGCCCCUGACUCGAGCACGGGACAGGUUUUAGAGCAGUUCCAUGAUUUUGGUGUGAAUGGAUGAGUUCAGGGCUGCAGCCAGGAAUUGGGGGCUCAAAUACCCUGCUGGGCUUGUGUCCUGUGGGGCCAGGCUGGGAGAGCUGGGGGUGCUCMCCUGGACAGGAGAAGGAUCCAGGGAGAGCUCAGAGCCCCUUUUGGGGCCUGAAGGGGCUCCAGGAGAGCUGGAGAGGGACUGGGGMCAAGGGCUGGAGGGACAGGACACAGGGAAUGGCUUCCCAGUGAAAAAGUAGAAUUUAGAUGGGAUAUUGGGCAGGAAUUCCCCACUGUGAGGAUGGGGAGGGGCUGGGAUGGAAUUCCCAGAGCAGCUGUGGCUGCCCCUGGAUCCCUGGCAGUGCCCAAGGCCAGGCUGGACAUUGGGGCUGGGAGCWSSCUGGGACAGUGGGAGGUGUCCCUGCCAUGGCAGGGGUGGCACUGGAUGAUCUUUAAGGUCCCUCCCAACCCAAACCUUUCCAUAAUCCAUAAARUCCCUCCCCCACAAUAAUAACAAAUAAUAGUAAUUACAAAACUCAACACAGAUUAACUCAUGCUAGAAAAAGUUGAAUUACUGAGYGGGGGAAAKACYUUUUUUAAUUUAUUUUUUCCCCCUCACRUGGUGUCCAAGCCCCGUAGGACAGAAUUCAACAGAAUCACAGCUUCAAACACUGCAGGAUUUGGAGGGGCCACGUGUCUGUUGGAACAUCCAUCCUUCCCUCUUUGGGAUUGGGAUGGGACCGCCUGAGGAGCUCUGGGAGCGCUGUAGGAAUGACUGACACAUCUAAACCACAGCAGAUUUUUGCCUUUUUAUUUAGAUGAGUCUCUUCCUCUCCUCCUGUCACGCAGGUAACUAGGAUUUCUACCUCAACCCAAUGUGACCUAUGCAAGGACAACGUGGACCAACUUCACUCGGCUUCCACUGAAAGGUGCUCACCUGGCCUGUGCAGGGGUUUCUACUCUCUUACUACUGGACAAAAUAAAAACCGUGAAAGAAAAAACAAAAACCAGACCUAAACAACAGAGCAAAUAUUUACUGUGAAUCUGAGUUUCAAAAAAAAAAACAAAAAAAAAGAGAAAAAAAAUGGCAAAAAAAAGGCGAAAGAAAUGCUUAAAGCUCCAGUUUGUAUUGUUGAUAGUUUAGAUGAAGUAUUUAUCUUUUUUUUAAAGUGAAAACAAUUUUGACUUAUUUUAUUCCACCUAGACUCAUAAAUACAAGUUCUUCUUAUUAUUAAAUUCUCUGAAUACUAAAGGACUGGCACACCAGCAGAGAUGUAAAAGAGCCUCCUCGGUGCUAUUUUGUCCGUCAGAACUGUGCCUCUGGUUUGAAUCCUUGGUGCUGAUUUUUGGGGGUUUGGCCAAGCCAAACCCAGUUCUUCAAGGUCUGCAGAUUAUUUAUUGCCCUGCCUGUGUUCAUAUCCCAAAAUCCUUUCGGUUGGGAGCAGGGGGAGUGAUGGGGGAAGGAA